AUGCAGAUUAUUGAGAAAUGCGAUGGUCUUCCUAUCGCAAUAAAAGCCAUUGCAGGUGUUCUUAUAACAAAAGAUCAAAAUAAAAGAGAAUGGGGGGAUGUACUUAACAGCAAUGCUUGGACUAUUACAGGACUUCCAGAAGAGCUCCGAGGAGCAUUGUACUUGAGCUAUGAAUCCUUACCUUUAGCUCUUAAACAUUGUUUCCUAUAUUGCUCUCUGUACCCUCAUGAUCAUGAACUUUAUUGUGAUGAUCUUGUUUGCCAGUGGAUUGCAGAAGGUUAUAUAGAAGCAAGCAGCAAUGCAUCUUUGGAGGAUGUUGCAAAAGGAUAUUACAAGGAAUUAAUUUGUAGGAGUUUUUUACAACCCGAUCCUAAUUGUGCAAAUAUGUAUAGAUGCACACUGCAUGAUUUGUUGCGUGCUUUAGGUCAGUUUUUUGCAGGUGAUGAAAUUUUUUUAGGAGAUCCACAAGAAGCACAAUGCACCAGAUCAAUGCAAAAACUACGUCAUCUAACAAUUAUAAGUAAUAGAGAAAGUGUGAGCAUUCCACAUAUUGACCGCCUUAGAAACUUGCAGUUAUGGGGUCCUCCAAGUUUAAAUACACAUGUGAUUGGAAAUCUAAAACAUUUGCGUGUAUUACUUCUUACUGGAGACAAGAUUGAGAAUAUCCCUGAUAAUAUUGGGGAUCUAGUACACUUGAGGCUUUUGGAUUUGGAGCAUACAUGCAUUCAAAACCUACCAGAUUCUCUAGGAAAUCUCAUUAAUUUGCAAUUCUUGUUGCUUAAUGAUUGCAAGUCUUUGCAUAUCCUUCCAAACUGCAUAACUAAGCUAUACAAUUUGAGGUGGCUCCGAGUUAAUGACACUCCUUUGAAUUAUGUGCCAAAGGGACUAGGCAAGUUGGAACACUUUCAUCAUGUGGAAGGAUUGAUCAUCGGAGAUAGUGGUGACGAUGGAGAAGAGGGAUGCACCUUAGAAGAGAUACAUAUGCUUGAAAAACUUAGUUACCUUUAUGUAAGAAACUUGGAGAAAUCAAGCUGCAAAAGUUCAUCAUCGUCAGUACUAUCAAGCAAGACUCAACUCAGAAAAUUAAGGCUUUGUUGCACACCUAACACUGAUGGGCAUAUUCAACAACAAAAGAUGGACAAGAUUGUGCAAGUCUUUGAUGACCUAUGCCCCCCUCCAUGCCUUGAAGAUCUAUUGAUUCGGGACUUUUUUGGUGGUCGAUAUCCAAAGUGGAUGUCAUCCACUUCCAGUAACACUGCUCUUCAAGAAUUGAUUUUUUUGAAAUUAAUUAAUUGCUCAAAUUGCCCUCAGCUUCCCCAGCUCAAGUAUCUGAGCAUAGAAGGAGCAACUACUGUUGUAUCAAUUGGCCCUGAAUUUCUUGGUAACUAUGGCGAACCUACAGAAGGUGCCUUCUCUAAGCUAGAAUACCUAUUGUUCGCGUGCAUGUCUAAUUGGGAGGAAUGGUCAUUGAUCAGUGGAGAAGAAGACAACGAGCCUGAAUCACACAAGCCAUCAAUGUUCUUCCCCCAUCUCAAGAGCAUUUCCAUUUGCAUUUGCCCCAAGCUGAAAUCCCUUCCAAGAGGUUUGAAUCAGGCUAACAUCCAAGAAUUGGAAUUUUUUGGAGCUCUCAGCCUUUCGAGAAUCUCUCAUCUCCCUACAUUGAGAAAAUUAUUAGUCAUUCAUUGCCCAAUGCUUGAGUGUGUGGAGAAGCUUGAAGGUGAUUGA